AUGCAGCUCAAAAACCUCCUCACCACCCUCCUCAUCACCCUCGCCACCGCGGCUCCCGCUCCCGCCCCAGCGGCCGAGGUUGAGCCCGCCCUCGAGGCCCGCCAAUCCGUCGUCCGGGUCCAGUUCGAGAUCGAGCGCCAAACCACCUUUAUCCAGCGCGAAAUCCGCGCCGGAGGCGGCGUCUUCAACCGCAAUGGCCCCCUCUUCUCGGCCCUUAUCGUCAGUGGACCGAGUAACGCCCGUUGCCAGGCUUUCAACGGGAAUACUGCCGUGGGCGCUGCUAUUGUUCCCAACAGGCAGGUGAAUUACAAUGGAGCUUUUGUUACGCAGGUGCGGUGCUAG